AUGAGAAUCUGGCUCAAGUCCCACAGCAGGAGGCAAAGGUGGGUUGACAAGUCAUACAAGAAAUCCCAUCUUGGAAUUGAAUGGAAGAAACCUUUUGCUGGUUCAUCCUAUGCCAAGGGAAUUGGCCUUGAAAAGAUAGGUAUUGAGGCUAAGCAGCCCAACUCUGCCAUUCCAAAUUGUGUCAGGGUUCAACUUAUCAAGAAUUGGAAGAAGAUUGCCGCUUUUGUCCCUAAUGAUGGUUGCUUGAACUACAUUGAAGAGCAUGAUGAAGUCUUGAUUGCUGGAUUUGGACAAAAAGGUCAUGCUAUUUUCAAUAGUUUCUCUCAAGUAUUAUGAAUUUUAUUUUGAGGUGAACAGGUUUUAUGAACAAAUUUGUAUAUUUUCUAGUUAUUUUGUUGAACUUCAUUUAACAUUUUUAGUAACAGAAAGAAGGGGUUUAUAUAA